UGACCGGCAAACCGCCUGACGCCGGCCUCCUCCUCCUCCUCCUCUCGCCGACAAAUGUGGUCGCUCCUCCUGUACCCGGCGCCGCCUAGGCCGCCCCUCCCAACGCUGAGGUGGCGGCCGGUGUCCUCUCCGGCACCGAAGCCCAGCUUCUCCGCUCCCAGCCGCGGGGCCGCCACCGUUGGUACUGGAACCUCAUCUUAUGCUGCUGGCCGAAGCUCUUUGCCGCGCCACCCCGCUGCGGCGGCGGCGUCCGGCCCUUCUGAACCCACCCCUCUCUCUGCGGAGGAUGGGGCCGAGCGCGCAAAGCUUGCUAAGCAGGUUAGCAAAAAACUAGAGAAAACAGCAUGGUAUUUUAAGAAUCUGGGUAACCUGGGAUUUUGGUCCCAACUGGUGUGCACAACUGUUUCAGCUGGAAUUCUGACACUCUCGGCAGUUGCUACAGGGGAUGCAACAGCUCCCUUUACAUUCUGUGCAACUUCGCUUGGUAUCAUCGCAGCCUUUAUCUCAGUAUUCCGGUCAUUUGGUUAUAUCCGCCUUUCUGAAAGGCUUAGAAGAACAGCAAAUGAACCUGCUAAGGCUCCUGCCCGUGCUGCUGUGGUUAACAAUCUGAGAAAUAGUAUUGUGCUUAAUGUUGUUGGAAUGGGUGCUGCAGUUCUUGGCCUGCAGGCCACCGUAGGUGCUUUGUUAGCCAAAGCCCUCACUGCCUCAUCGGUGCCCUACUACCAGGGGAUACCCCCUGGCCAGAGUCCUGUUCUUGCUUUAGAUAUUUUUCUUGUUCAGGCUUCAGCCAACACAAUUCUCUCGCAUUUCCUUGGGCUAUCGAGCUCACUCGAGCUGCUGCGAAGUGUAACAGAAGCUGCCCCGGUCCCAAAACCAGCAUGAGCUGUGCGUUCAGUUCUCAAGACAUGACGAGCUCAUAUGUUCCAGCUUUUUUGUUCUCUGGUUACGGAGUUCCAGUGCAUCUUUUUUGUAUUCAUUGAUUUCCUUUCCUUUUGAAUUAUGAGCUCAAAUUGAUAUAGUUGCAUUAGCUUCUCAUAUUUGAAUGAUAGAUUCCAAACAUACGAGCAUGGCCCUUCUCAGAAUUGAGAAUAAUGGGCCAUUUCUGUCAGCCUGUCACGUACAAACCCGACGAAAGCUCCGGCGUACAAUAUUUUUAACCUAGGGGAGUACACUGCUUACGCUCAGCAUCUGAAUGUAUCUUGGAAACAAAAUGCGGAAAUGCAAGUAUGUAACAAGAUGUGCAAGGCAAUGUAAAAAAGAAAUUUCUAUUUUC